AUGCUUGCGGACUUUAACGGGAUCAAACGGGGACGUUUAGGGUGUGUCCGUGACCUCGUUGGACGUGUUUCCCGGAGCUCGCGGGGCCGUUUUAUGAAUGGUGGAUGGGAAACCCUCGUGCAGGAAAUGAGAAACUCCAUAUCAUCUGACACCGGUGACCAGAUCCGUGACCUGCGCCCUGUAGAGCUGAAGUCCAGCCCGGUUCCGAGUCCGCUCCCUCUCCCGGGCUCACAGAGGAGUCACGUGUGCAGCGCUGUGAGCGAGCGAAAAAGUAUAGGCUACAUCUCAAACAUCAGCACACAACAUCAUGGGCUUUUCUCCCUUGACCGCACAGGAGGGCCGCGCAAAGGUGUCGGGUCGCCGCAGAUUCUGGCUGGCUCGGGUUACUGCAAGUGGUUUAAUGUCCGCAUGGGGUUUGGAUUUAUAUCGAUGACCAGCAGCGAGGGGAAGCCAGUGGACCCUCCACUAGACGUGUUCGUUCACCAAAGUAAGUUGGUGAUGGAGGGCUUCAGGAGCUUACGGGAGGGCGAGCAGGUUGAAUUCACCUUCAAGAGGUCGAGUAAAGGUCUGGAGUCGCUCAGGGUCACGGGGCCCGGCGGGGGCCCAUGCUCGGGAAGUGACCGACGCCCCAAAGGCAAGGCCCCGCCCCUCAAACGCAAACCAAAGGGAGACCGGUGUUACAACUGUGGAGGUCUGGACCACCACGCUAAAGAGUGUGGCCUUCCACCCCAGCCAAAGAAGUGUCACUACUGUCAGAGUGUCACACACAUGGUGGCCCAGUGUCCCCACAAGAGGGCGCUGUCCCCCUCCACGUCUCAGGACCCCCAACGCCCCUCCACCUCCGCUCAGUCCCAGGAAGAGGGGAGCCGGUCGGGCUCGUCGUCCUCUCCGGAGGAAGCAUCUCAACGGGGGAGUCACUCCCAGCGCUGGAGGAAAAGCCGGGACUGAAAGCGAACGAAAGGUUCCUCAUCCAGACGGAGCCCGGACCCGAAAUCAUCUACCUCACAUGGCCGGGUCACCGAGGAGACCCUCCCUCCCUCCCUCCCUUCCCGUGCAGCUAUGGUAUCAGCCGAUGGGGGUCAUGCGUGUACAAGCGUGUUCUCACUGAGC